UUGAUGUGGUGUGGUCGGCUAUCUGAUGGUGCUGGUGAUAGUGAUGAUUGACGGGGUCUGGAAUCGCUCUCCCGGUCUUCCCGAGUCCCAAGUCUCAGUCUAUCCCAUGUUGCCAUCUGGCCCUGACAUAGUUGGCCCUUGUCUGGAAUGGAAGCAAAAGCAAGCACCAAACCCGAAACAGCUCAGCACAUGGCGGAACGACUGGAUGACACAAAGUAAGGGAUGAGUUGCCUCAACUGCAUCUCUUACAGGUAGGCAACUGAGACAGAACACCAGAAAAAGAAGCGACUACAUACCAACAGAAGGGGACAAAUCGCACCACCAGUUGUAGCGCACCGCUGUUUGAUUAGAUCGCGAGAUCAGAUACCAUGGUUGUGGGAACAUCUUUUAACAUGGCGAAUAACAGUUGGAUCCCAAAAUCAGCAGUGAAUGAUUUACACGUCGCAGCCCAACCGCUCGCUAUUAUGAAGAUCCCGAGAUCAGGUAAUCAGAUCUGCCAGAUUUCAACAAUCGUUUGGUUUGACUUUGGGAACCUAUCAGGAGAGGGCCAAUUUGAGGGAAACUUGGUUUUUUUUCUUCUGGCAAACAAGCUUCGG